AUGUCUACAACAACCGCUAGGCGCCGAAGCGCUCCCGAGAACACUGGAUCCAGCACUCAGUCUCUGACAUCCCGCCAGGAGCCUACCUCUGUUCGUGACGGCCAAAGUUCGCUCGGCUUCAAAGGGGACAUCCCACCUCAGCGACAUGCUGGCAAGCUCGAUGGCCCUGGACCUGAGUCUAAGAAGGGCAUUGACUUUGGUGACAAGUUUGCUGGCUUCCAGGAGGAAAUCAAGGGCAAGCUUCUUCGCAAGCCUGACGUCGCUAAGCAUGGUCACGACAUGCGCACCGGCGAGCUAAAGCGCCGCGAACAGGAGGAAGCACUCAACGUUGAUCCAUAUAGCCCUGCUUCAAACGACAUCGGAGGGGGUAGUGGGCCCAACGCAGGCCACGGUGCCCCGGCGGCCGACGAGCACCCGCAAGCGCGCCCGAAUUCUUCCAAUUUUCUGAGCGGAGAUCAUCAGAUGCAGCGGGCAGCAACAAUUUCGCCGCAGGGCUCAGAGUCCGCUGAAUUCCAGCGACAAGGCGGCAAUGUUGAACGUGCCAAGAUGAUUGGAUGAGCGGGUUAACCGUUGCGACACUAUCAUACACAUUGGACCCUUGAUGGGCCCGGUCGCGCACUACGGAUCCACUGCAGUGAUAUGUAUGUCAAAUUAAGACGCGGUUUGCGUUGUUGUACACACUCGGUUGUACAGUAAGGAAUAUGCCCAUGCCUUAAUUUAAAAUGCAUGAUUC